AUGGAAGGCUCCAGUUCCCCGCGGAGUGUGAGACCGAGUUUCGCUGAGAAUAGUAAGGAUUAAGUGCCGGCUCAUUAAUCUUCUUUUUUUCAGUCUACGGGGCCGGAAACCCGUCCACCGAAGAGUCUAAGGCGCGAAUCCAAAUGGGCUCUCAGAUAUGCGAGUCCGCCUUAGCCCAACGGAGGGCCGCUUAUCUCCCGAAAUUGAGAGAACUGUCGAACGCCGGGAAUGUUUCCAUGGAUCAAACUCAUGCCAGAUCUGAGAUGGGCGAUAUCGCAUUUGUUUAUGCUGAUUGUGAUAGCUUUGCCAAUGAACUCUCCGAGUUGUAUUCGUAUUCAGAGGUGGACGAAUUCGGAGCAACACUUUCGUUGUAUCAAAAUUAUGCCGAAGAAAGAGGGGUAAGUUACUUUCUAUGAGCAUUAUGUUAUUUUAGAUAUCGCCGAUAUGGAUAUUCAAUGAGAAGGACGAGAUGAAGUCAGUAUUUUCCGAUAUUAUUCAGAGGUUGGAGAGUGCCAAUUUGAACAUGAGAUUAGACGCAUGCGGGAUCUUGUUGUACAUUCUUCAGGUAUGGUCUCUUUAUUAAUCCAUAGGUUUAGGGAGCUUAUGGAGACUUCAAAAAGCCCUACAACGAGAGUGUGCAGGCCUUGAUGGAUGAAGCGAGGAGUCAUGUUAGUUAUAUAGACGAGACUGAUUAUGUGGAACAGUUUUGUUUGAUUCAAGCAGCUGCCAAUUGUUAUAUGGCGUAUGAAUGCGGAGUAUUUCGAGUAAGUUUUCUGCUUUGUUUUUUAACCAUGGCGACAUUUUUACAUAAGACUUUUCGUUUUAGGCAUUAUGUCAACUUUUUAUGACCGAAUUCAAUGAAGUUAAUCUUGUUGAUCAGACCGCCUCUGAACGUGGCCACAGUUCCCUUUCUCAAUAUUCAAGUCAUCGUUCGAUGAGCUCUAUGGAUGGUGAAUCCAGAACCAAGAAGGUUUAUACCUUGUCGGAUAAUGAAAUCCUCCGCUUCUUAAUCUCUUCAAUGUAUCAUAUGGUCGAAUCAAUAAGAAGGAAAGAUGUCUUACAAAAGGUUAUUCACGUUUCCGACUAUUCGGUGGCCAGAUUAGAGAACCUACAACACAAUUUUUUGAUUGAAUUAGGUACGUGUUUAUUAUUUUAAGUAUCUUCUUUUAGGUGAACCAUUGGAGGGUCUCAGUAAACCUUUGUUUGUAUAUUUGUUGGAUGUGGUACCGCCUUUUGUUAGAGGUUCAUGCCCCAAGUAUCCGAUAAAGAAAGUCCUUCUACUUGCAUGGAAGAUUAUUCUUGCAACCCUGGGAGAUGCCGAGACUUUGCGUACUAGAAAACAAGAAAUGAGGGAAUCGUUUGGACUGAGUCGAGUGGAAGAUACUGUUCAAGUUGCGGCUACUCUAAAAGCAUCGAACUUCAGCGCUGAAGAAGGGCUUGGAGAUGGGAGAAGAUUGGGCCAAAUGGGUGUAAUCGCCAAAAGAAGUAGACCAUCAACAGUCAGAGCAUUCAAGAGACAGGAGGGAAUUACCUCGGCUAAUUUGAGUACCGAUGAGCCAAGUUCGGAUCUGAAAGAAGAUGAACCUCCAGUUACUCCCAUUGAGACAGAUGGAGAAGAGAGUGUCAAGAAGAAUGAAUACUUCUCCAAACCCAUUAGUGCUGUUAUGUUGCAGAAGAAUGAAGAAGGGGAAGUUGAACAAAAACGUAUGUUACAUAACGACUUUCUAAUAUUUUUUUUUAGCUUUACUCGAAGGCCCUCAGGAUUCAUUAACAAAUCAAAGAGGUGAUCAAACCCCGACAGCUUCAUCCCCAGUUCCGUCAUGUCUACCUUGGACGUCUAAAGUUCGAAAGGCGGAUUUGGAGAACUUUAUUCAGACUGCUCGGCACAAAUUCUUUGGAUACAAACUUCCCGGUGAUGUUGAGACUCUUUUUGGAUUGCCACAACCAGUUCAACAAAGCGUUGAGGCUUUCAAAAGACAUUUGUAUAAGUCGCUUGGAGAAUGUCAAGUAAGAUUGAUGAACUUACGAUUAAAAUAGUGGUUUAAAAUUGAUGGUUAAUUUUUAGAUGGAAGAGGAUGCCCGAUUGAACAAGUACCCGUUUUCGCGAAAGGAGCAUGUCGAGGAUAACCCGACCGAGCGUCUUUACAUUGGAAUGCUCCCCAAUCUCUCGAACUAUGCAUUGAGUUUACUGAAAGUCCUUCUAGUGGCCAUCCCCUCUUCCAAGGCUAAGAAUGAUGGCGCUUUGAUCCUGUCGGAUGUGCUGACAAGAUCUGGAGAUGCCACGGACAUGCUCUCCAAUUCCCUGAAUUUGGAUGUUUCCGUGAAUUCAUCAAAUCUUCUGGAAGAAGCGGUCAGAAUGGCGAUUGAUAUCAACAGGCACAAGGAGAUUGUUGUCAAAGCCACCACGGCGAUCAUCGUCUACCUCUUGAAGUUCUUCAGACUCAAUCAUAUCUAUCAAUACGAAAACUUCUCCCAGCAAUUGGUGCUAUCCAAUUGUCUCCCAUUGGUAUUGAAAUUUCUCGAUCAAAAUAUGGUCAGAUAUUUGCAAUCCAAGAAUGAGCUGACUCCAUUGUGCUAUCCAAAAGUUGUGGUUUAUUAUGUUCAGAAUGGAAGUAGGUUUGACUCAUUUCAAAAUUUUCGUUUGUCUUUAAAAAUAGUAAAAAAUUGUUUUAGAUAAAUGGCCAGAAUUGAAUGCUGAUAAUGUGGAUGACAGCAGGUCCGAGAAUCAACAUUAUUUCCUGUGGAGAAAUGUUUUCUCCUCCGUCAAUCUUCUCCGAGUUCUAAACAAACUCAUCAAGAACAAACAGAGUAGAACUAUGAUGUUGGUGGUCUUCAAAUCAGCACCAAUUUUAAGGCGAUGUCUCAAGGUUAGAUCGGUACGUACUUUUAGUUUUUAGUUUUUAUCGUUUUAGAUCUUAAAGUGGAUUAAAAAAGAAUAAUGGUUUAUUUUUUCAGGGUAUUUUCCAACUUUACACUCUGAAGCUUCUCAAAAUGCAAGCCCGUUAUCUUGGCCGCCAAUGGAGAAAGAAUAACAUGGAGGUGAUCUCAGCGGUCUACAUGAAAGUCAGACAUAGACUGAAUGAUGAUUGGGCCUUUGCCAACGAGACUCGAUGCAAAACUUGGGAUUUCCAGAUGGAAGAAAGGGAAUUAAAACUGAACGUGGAGAGGUUUAACAGUAGAAGGUAUAGCCAUAUCUAUCCUGAGCUGGCUUCAAGUGAGUUUUUGGUUGUUAAUUCACGGUUUGAAGUUGGUUUGACACCUUUUUAUGAUACUGUUCUGUAGAUAACAGUGAAAACCUGACCUGUGAUGACUUUGACCCCAAGGAAUUUGAGCCAGUCGACGAUUCAAUCCAGAAUUUGCUGAGCGAAGAGUUCGAAUUUACCCCAUUCUUCAAACGAAACUACGGGAAAUGGCUGGACGAGGCAGUUUUCAACGAGCCCUUUAACUGGGAUGCCCUUCUCACACAGACUUCCAGCAUCUGUUAA